GCGAACAAUUAAUCGCAUCUUACACCCCCAGGCGGCGUAGGUUCCAAGAGGCGCGCCUUAUAUGGCGCUUUUUGACGCCUUUUGCGCGUCUGAGAGGCACACGCUUCUCACGCCUCAUGGAACUGUCUUGGCGAUUCAGUCUCUCUAGGCUUCUCCCUUUUUCCUUCUGCGUUGGCUUUGCUUCCUAGUUCCGGCAUCCGCGAAAUGAAUUCAAGGUUUAGGGGUCGAAAAAGGAUAGACAGAAUAAGUAGAUUACCAGAUGACGUACUUGUUCACAUACUUUCAUUUCUUCCAACUAAGCAUGCUGUUGGUACUAGCAUUUUAUCACAUCGCUGGCAGUAUCUUUUUACCCAAGUAACCAACCUUGAUUUUGAUGAGUCCCUCAUGUUUCACCCAAGAAAUUCCAUGGAAGACCUUGUUUCCACGAGGACACACUUUGAAUUACUUCAAAAGAACCAAAAUCAUGGUUUUCCUCAUCUUAAGUUGGUCUGCAGCUUCAAGGAUUUUGUGGAUAGGGUUCUGAUGCUUAACAAAUCCCCUAAUAUUAGCAAAUUCCGCCUCAAGUGUAGCUGGGGCUGUGAUUGUUCAAACCUUAAUGUAUGGAUCAGGUUCGCUUUACUCCAUGAUGUUAUUGAGCUUGAUAUCUUAACUAAAGAGUAUAAAUCAUGCCUGUUGCCCACCUCUCUUUAUACUAGUCAGACACUAGUGGCACUAAAGUUGCAUGGAAAAUUUGAAAUGAAGUUUCCAGCAUCUACCCACCUGCCACACCUGAAGUCUUUGCAACUCUUUGGUGUUGAUUUUUCUGGCCCUUACUCCCUUAAUGGGCUAAUCGCUGGGUGCCCGUUGCUUGAGGAUCUUACUGUUGGAGGUGCAUGGGAAGAUGUUAUAGAUAUUAACAUUUCCUCAGCAAGACUGACUAGUUUGACUAUGAAUUUUAGGGAAAGUUUUUGUUCAGAGUACCACAGAUCUAGUGUGGUGCUUGACCUUCCAAAUUUGCAUCGCUUCAAGUAUGUUGAUAGGUUAGCCAGUAACUACUCUCUGAAGAAUCUAAACUUGCUUGAGGAAGCUCGCAUUGAAGUUUUGUUGAACACAGAUGACUUUAGCUUGUGGUCGACUUUCUGUGGUUCUGUUCUUGGCCUCUUGAAUGGAGUUUCUAAUGCCAAGCAUCUAUAUGUGUGUGGUAAAUGCAUGGAGGUAGUUCUGCACUUCUUUGAACUAUUUUAAGGACUUACGGUUCAGGAGAGGCUAUUCAAUGUGAAAAAUAUACACUACCAACAUUCCAUAAUUUAUCUCGGCUGGAACUUGGUUGGAGCAGAUGUGUGAACUGGAGGGUUCUCUUGUGUGACUUUCUUCAAAGUGCACCCAUUCUUGAGCAUCUAGCUUUCUCCAAGGGACUCUUUCAUCGUCAAAGCGAUUGUGAUGACUAUGAGGACAAUAACUUCUGGAGUAAUCAGGAGACACCUGUUUGUCUUUCCUCUAACAUCAAGACCAUAAUGAUUGGUUCAUUUCAUGGUUUUGAAGAAGAGGUGAAGAUGGCAAGGUAUUUUCUCAAGAAUGGCAAGUUUUUGGAGAAGCUAAUAUUGGAGUGUUUCAUUCGUUCGGACGAGGAGGAGCGAGAACUGAAGAAGCUACUGAAGAAGCUGCUGAAGGCGGAAAAGGCUUCCAAAGAAUGUAUUAUUGAGAUAAUUUGAAAAGUUAUCUUUUGAUAAUGACUAUUGCUGGUAUUUUGUUUUCUGACUAUAUAUGUUUUACUCUGUAUUACUCCGUAAUUAGAAGUGAAGAUGUUUUGAAUCCUAAUACCUACCGAGGGGCUGGCAUUUAAUGAUGAUUUUAACGGCUCCGUUCAAAAUAGUGUAGUAAUGCUGCCUCUUAAUUUAGAGGAGCCCUUUAGUUGGGAUUGCGGUGGAUGGCUUUCCAU